GGAGAUCUACGUCAAAGGCAGUUGGUGUGUUUACACUGUUGUCGGUAAGAGGCCAUUUAACAUGUGUUUCUCUCGACGCAGUGAUAAAACACACAGUUAGCUGGAUUUCUUUUAAUUACUUUGGAGCAAUGUUCAGCUGGUGAUUCAGUCGAUGUAAAAUGUGCGAGGAGAAGUGUCUGACGGGUGAGAGAAUUGUCAUUGGAUACUGGUUAUCGGAGAAGAAGAGAUCGAAAUUAAAAUGGAAUGAGUCCCAGAAUGUAUGUGCGAAGCAAGGAUUUGUCCUCAAAUUGGUGAAUCUCAACUUCAGUCUUGACUCUCAGGGACCAUUCGACGUUUUUCUCCAUAAACUAACAGAUACUCUGGCUCAUGCUGAGGCUGGAGAUUCUCAAGCCAGAGCUGUUGUAAAUAGAGUUGAGAGCUACAUUCGUAGAAAUCCAAAAAUGAUCGUGGUGGAUCCACUGGAGAGUGUCAAGAAAGUGCGAGAUCGUCAAAACUCUUAUGAAAUACUCAGGGAGAUGCAGUGUAAUGAUGUUUUUGUUCCCAAUUCUAUUGAAUUAAAAUCGCGGAACGUGUCGGACAACCUCACUGAACUCCAUCGGCACAAUAUCAAGUUUCCAUUCAUGUGUAAACCAUUGUUGGCCCAAGGCUCUAGCAAUGCUCACCAGAUGAUGGUGAUAUUCAACGAAGAGGGCGUGAAAGACUGCCAACCCCCUUGCAUAGUGCAGAAUUUCGUAAAUCACAAUGCAAUUUUGUACAAAGUGUACAUAGUUGGUAAUCACUUCCACGUGGUGGAGCGUCCCAGUCUUAAGAAUUUCUACCCGAAGGAUUGCGAGACCUUGGGCACAUUGUUCUUCAGCUCUCACGAUGUUUCGAAGAGUGGAUCGACCUCCGAAUGGUCUGUGAUAUCAAAACAGGAUGAAGCCCUGACGGUCAAGCCCAACUACGGAAUUUUCAAGAAGAUCGUGAGUAAAGCGACGAAGCUGUUUGGCCUUGUUCUUGUGGGAGUCGACGUUGUCAUCGAAAAUCACACCGGACGAUACGCAAUAAUUGACGUCAACGCCUUCCCCGGAUACGACGGUUACCCUCAUUUUUUCAUGGAUCUUGUUGAGACCAUUAAACUUCGGUUAUCAGAUCAGAAGGCCAGAUUGAAUUAUCACAGAACAUCAAUUCUCACCAAGUGCAUGAGCACAGAUCUCGAGUCUGGGGUCGAGAGUGAUGAGAAGAAAAAGCAGUCCAUGAAGUGAAGACCUUUCCUUUCAUAUUUUGUAAGACAAAUAAAUUGUUACAUUGUGAAAUUUAUUACAUAACUAGUCAAGAGAAUAAUCUUGUCCAAGGAAUUCAUUCCAAGUGAAUUUUCCCAGCAACUGCCAGGGACUAAGGAAUUUUCGCUCUUGUAUGUUUUUCUACGAAACCUAACGAUUGUCUGUGCAGAAUACAAGACAACGGAGAUUUUUUAUGUAUAAAUGAAUUGUUUUACUGUAAAAAUAUUUUAUAUGUUGCUGUAUUUUUCUUACAAAUAAUAAACGUCGAUAAUAAUUGAU